GGCAGCGGGGCCAGCCGGGCCCGGCGCUGGAGCGGAGGGUCCCGACCCCCGCCCCGCUCCGGUGCCGCUCCCGGUGCCGGUUCCCGCAGCCCCGUUCCUGCCGUGUCCCCCGCAGGUCGCUCCCCAGGACUACCGGAACGUUCCCAUCGACAUCCAGACCAGCAAGCUGAUGGACUGGCUGCAGGACCGGCGGCACUGCGGGUGCCGCUGGCCCGCGCAGGUGGCGCAGGUGCGGGAGCGGAUCCGCGCGGCGCUGCAGGACAUGCCCGAGCACCCCGAGAUCCGAGCGCUGCUCCAGGGCUCCUACCUGCACUACUUCCACUGCCUGCGCAUCGUGGAGAUCCUCAAGGGCACCGAGGCCUCCACCAAGAACCUCUUCGGCCGCUACUCGUCCCAGAGGAUGAAGGACUGGCAGGAGAUCGUGUCCCUCUAUGAGAAGGACAACGCCUACCUGG